GCGUCUGUCAUCCGCUGGCAUACCAACUUCUGGAGAUAGCGCCCUCCUUCUUGUCGCCUCUCUGGCGGCAAAAGUGCGAUCUUUCUGGGCUUUCUUCUCUCUCCUUCGAGCCAGGGUUAGGGUUUGUUUUCUUGAUCUCUCUUCUUGGAGGUGUGAUCGGCGCGGAAGGGUGAGGGGAUGAGAGGAUGCCGCAGCGGCACUCGAAGAACAACGACGACCUUGCGUUCUUCACAUACGACGAGAAGCGGAAGCGCGGGUAUGGGACGCAACGAGAGCACCUUGGGAAGGACUCGAUCAAGCCCUUCGACGCCUGCUGCCUCUGCCUCAUGCCCUUUAUCGACCCUCUCUUCGGUCAUAAGGGCCACGUCUUCUGCAAGGAAUGCAUCCGAGAGUUCCUUCUCGCCCAGAAGAAGGACAUCAAGAGGUUCAAGACGGUGGCAUGACUUUCUUUUGGCACGAUGCUUGGGCUUCAAAUGUUGCUCUUGCAAAGCAGCUACCCAAUCUGUAUAUAUUCAGUUACAAAACGAUGGGAUCGAUUGCGAAGCAUCUGGGCUCUGAUCAGUGGGAGCAUCAAUUCAGACGUCCACUUAGUUACAGAGCUGCUAACAAACUCUCUGUGCUAAGACACUUCAUUGAUAACCUGAACAUACAAUCCGGGUAAGACCACAGGAAUCGGAAAUGGCACCCUUCUCAGAACUAUACUGCCAAACGGGGUUGCUACUUCUUCAUCAAUAGAGGAAUAAUAUCUUUCUUCAGCAAAAUCAUAUGGAAAUGUCCGAUUCCGGAGAAAGUGAAGAUCCUCAACUGGCUAUGUUAUCACAAAGAAGUGCUCACAGCUGAUACUCUUGCGAAAAAAGACGUACAAGGUCCCGGUCAACACCCUUUGUGCUCGACACAAGCGGAAAGCAUUGAUCACUUAAUGUUUGGUUGUUUUUUUUAAAAAAAAAAUCUGGUUUGCAUUUCUCUUGGGGUUGAUCGAUCAAACUCUCCCCUCAAGUCUCUAUAAUAUUUGGUAGGUUUGGAGGAAUAGUUUGAGGAAUCGUCAUAUGAUCUCGACGGUCGAUUCCCUAAUUGCUGUGGGUUGCUGGUGCAUUUGAAAAGAGAGAAAUAGAUGUAUUUUCUAAUUUGUAGCUCACGCUGAUGUGAUUGUGUUCAGGAUGACUGUCUCUCAUUUCAUCAAGUGGAUGAUGAAUUUGUCCCACCGCCUUAUUUU